AUGGCGAUCCAUAGGACAAUCCUAUGGCUCAGUUGUAUUACUAUUUUAUUAGCCCUUGUUACAAUUCCAGAUGUGGCCGACGCUACACAUUUUAGAUAUGGACAACUCACUUGGAAGCGUACUCCAAAUUGGAAGUAUAUCCAGUUCUCUCUGAAGGCUGCCUUCAGAAACAGUUACUUCACUCAGGUUGAGGGUCUCAACUUGCAGGUCGGAAGCACAUUCAACUAUGGUGAUGUCACCGUCGAAUGGUUCCCAUACUGGUUCGACGACACCUUCUCCACCAAGUUCUUGGUGAACCAUGUUGACCCAAUUGCCGACAUUGUCACCGCCGAGUUCACCUUCACCGCCUACUCUGGUUCAUAUGGCCACGAGAACUUCUACGCCUACUAUGAGAACGGAAACAGACUUACCGAGCUCAACAACAAUGCCAACCAACCAUUCUACAUUGAGGCUUGGUGUGAGAUGGAGAACGGACAUUGGGAUGAUAGUGUCUUAAACUCAUCGCCAGUCUCCAGUAUGAUGGCCGUUAUCGAUGCCUACAUCGGCCAGACCAACACCUGGACCAUCCCAGUCAUUGAUGUUCAGACCACCUCUUUCACCUUCUCCCUGUCCUCUGGAUUGCCCCAGCAACCCCCAGGACUGUCCGUCAACGCCAACACUGGUGUCUGCUCGUACACCCCAACUCAGCUUGGUCUCUGGUCCGCCCAGAUCAAGAUUUCCAAGAGCAGCCCUACCGGCUCGACCAUUGUCGUAGACUUCCUUAUUAGAGUGUCCAACAAGCCACCCCCCACAUCCACUCCACCAAUCCUGAUUGAGCCAACGCCCGACGCAGGCACUACCCUCACGCUCCCAGCCAACAGUCCAAUCCCAGCCGGCUGGAACAUUAUCAGAGGAACCACCCCCCGUGCGUCCACCACCGUUACCAUCGCCAUCGGUGAGGUGCCCUACGGAAUGAAGGUUCUGCCACAGACCAACAAUGGAGGCACUGGAGAUGUCGUCCUCCAAUGGACUCCCACCACUGCCGACAUUGGUGUCUACAUCAUCAACAUUGGUCUGUCCGACUCGAACGGCGUCAAGAUGACUGAGGGUGGCGGUGUCCGCUACUUCUACAUCAAGGUCAUCAUGCCAACCUGUACCCCAGGCCCAUGCCCAUGCAAGGUCGGCUGGAACGGUACCAACUGUCAGGAGUGCGCCAAGGGUUACUACGGUCCAAACUGUAUCAAGGACCCACCCUGUGACCAUGGCACCAUCAACAGCGGUCUCAACGGAGACGGCACUUGCAUUUGUGACCCAGGCUGGUACGGACAGUUCUGUAACAGCAGCUAUGUCCAGCGUUGUGAUCCAAACAAGGCCAGUUUCACCAUCACUGAGAGCCGCGGCACCUCCAACGUGCAGCCAAGCGCAGUCCAGAUCUACCUGUCUCAGAACUCUGUCACCCCAUACGCCCUUACCUCCACCAUCGCCUACCCACAAACUCUCGGUCUCGACGCCUUCAUUGUGCUCGAUCUGUCUGCCCCCGCCAAUCUUACCCAGUACCCCCAGUUCAAGGCCACUUACACCUCGUUCCCAUCUGUCUUAGUACCAACCUACCGCUCCAAGGUCAACUACGGAUUUGGUUACUUCUCCGACUCUGCCAGCCAGGCCAACACCUUCCAGCUGAUGUCCACCAUCAAGGCUUCCAUCGCCACCGAGGUCGCCACUAUCCCAUUGACAACCGGCACACCACAGGUCAACAUCCAGUACCAAGCCCUCAUCAGUGCAAUCCCAACCAUCACCUGGACUCCAGGCUCAAUCCGUUCAAUCAUCCUUGUUACUGACAAUGAUCUCGUUCCAGACCCCACCAUCCGUGACAACCUCAUCAAGUUGCUCGCUCAGUACAACGUCCUGCUCGGUGUCUUCUGUGCCAACGAUUAUAAAUCAGUCGCAUCCUACUCGUGGAUCACACCAUCCAUCGGAACCAAGUGGGCUUGGACCCCAACCGGUGAUCCAUGGUACACCCAGCUUGCCAAGAAUGUCGUCGGACCAUUGGCCAACAACAUGCAGUUCGUCGUCCAGGACCCUGGUUUUGUCUCUGGAUACACCAACCCAUCAACCGGAGUCUACGUCACCUCUUUCAUCUACAACAGCUCUGUCACCGCCAUCAACCCAGUUGUUACCCUCCGUGUCCCAGGUUACGGCAAGGAGACUGUCCAGGUUCAGACCAACCACGCCCCAGCCACCUUCAACACUGCCUUCACCAUGGCCGAGGUUGCCACCGCCGCCGUCACCACCAGCUUCCCAGUUCCAGGCAGCGACAUUGACAACAACGUGCUCACUGUGACCUUCUCCCACUUGCCCGCCACCGGCACCGUCAAGCUCAACGGCACCAACGUCGCCACUGGCACCGUCUACAACCUCGCCGGCAGCCAGUUCACUUUCGUCCAGCUGCCAUACAAGUUUGGUGUUGACUUCCUCAACUACACUGUCAACGACGGUUGUCUCCCAGCCAACGGCGCAGUCACCUUCACCGUGACCAAGGUCAGCUUCCCACCAACCUGCAACAACGACGCUCUCACCACCGAUCAGUUCACCAACAAGGCAUUCGUACCCAAGGGUUCCGACCCCAACGGAGAUGCCCUCGUUGUCUCGUUCAGCUCGCUUGCCACCCUCGGUGGAUUCGGCCAAAUCCUGUACAACGGUGCUCCAGUCUCUGCCAACACCCAGUACAGCCAGUCCGGUUCGUUCGAGUUUGACCCAUCAGCCUCUGCUGCCUCUGGUACAGUGUCGAUCCCCGUGAUCUUCAUCACUGGCGGCGGUCUCACCACUCAAUGCCCAAUCGCCUUCACCAUUGCCAGAGUCAACGUUGCUCCAACUAUCUCGAUCAACACCAACCAGACAAUGACCCCCAACACCACCCUCACCAUCCCAUUCUCGGUCAACGACGAUGACUUUGGUGAUAACUUGGUUGUCUCGGUCACUACCACCCCAAUGAGCGGCAAGUUCCUGGACACUGCCAGCAACCCCAUCACCGUGUCGCCAUUCACCCUGUCCACCUUUGCUCUGGGUAGCAGUCACUCUGCCUCGGCCUCUUUCUUCUACACUGCCAUCAAUGCCAACGAGCAGGGUAUCAAGUUCACCAUCAAGGUCACUGAUACCGCCGGUCUCUCAAGCACCGCCAACGUCAUCAUCAACGUCGUCGGCCCAAGAAUGAACACUGCCCCAGUCGCCAUGCCAGUGGCCCUCGUCUCCACCAACAUGAAUGUCGACUCUGCCGUCAUCAGCCUCGUCGGAAACGAUGCCGAUCGUCCAACCUACGACCAGAACCUCAUUGUUGUCAUCAACGAGGCCCCAGGUCAUGGCCAGCUCCUCAGCAGCACCAGUGGCCCACUCGCCGCCGGUCAACUGUCCCCACUGGGAGUGAUUUACUCGCCAGUCCAAGGUUACUUUGGCGUUGACAGCUUCUCGUACUACGUCGUCGACACCAUGAACGCCCAGUCCAACAUCAUUACUGUCAACAUCAACGUCGUGUUCGUCAACACUCUUCCAUCCGUCAACGCACCAGACAUCACCUUGUACGGCAUCACCGGAGGUGGCUCACCCUCAAAGGUUGUCACCCUCAUCGCCACCGAUGUGGACGUCAACGAUGAUGUGACCGUCUCGUUCACCGCCCUCCCAACUCAGGGUGUCUUCAAGAACCAGGACGGUAGCCCAGUCACCAUCAACACUGCACUCACCUCCCUUGCCAUCACCUACCAGGUUGAUGAGUCGGUCGUAGUCAACUUCAACGACGCCUACUCGAUCCGUGGUUGCGACAAGAACGGAGGCUGUGUCUCAGCCACAGGCAACAUAGUCUUCUUGUACACUACUGUCUACCCACCACCCAACUGCACCAUUGGCACCAAGAUCGAGUCGGACCAGCUCAACGCCAAGACCUUCAACGUUCAGUACAUGGAUCCUAACCUCAACACCGCCAAGAUCUCCUUCCCAUACCUGGCCUCGCUCACCAGCUUUGGUUCCAUCUCUGCCGCCGGUGUCGAUGUUGUAGAGGGCCAGCAGUACCUUGCCUCCACCCUGUUCACCUUCACUCCACUGUCCACCGCCCCAACCGACUCUGUGCCAAUCUCUUACACCAUCGUCAACCAGCACGACCUUGAGGCAUCCUGCUCUCUCUUGAUCAAUGUGACCCGUGUUUACGUGGCACCCGUUCUGAUGAUCAACUCACCAAUCAACGUCGCACCAAACACCACCCAGGUCAUCCCCUUCAAGAUCAUCGACUAUGGCUUCAACCCAGCCGGUAUCCAGGCCACCAUCAAGUCGGUCACCCCAGUGAUUGGUCAGUUCGCCGAUGCCAACAACAUUGCCAUCAACGCCGGUCCAUACUCCCUCGGAAACUUUGACGUCUCAUCCGGCUCUGCAUCUGGCUCGAUCUCCUACACCUCUGCCAACGCCAUCUACCCUGGUGUCUCGUUCGACAUUGAGAUCACUGACAUCCAGGGCUCCUACUUGACCACCGUCUUGAUCAACGUCAAUGGUUCUCUCGUCGACUACGCACCAGUCGCCACCCCAGCUGGCCCAAUCACCACCAAGCAGGGCAUCACCUCUGACCCAAUCACCUUGGCCGGUACCCACCCAUUGAAGCCAAGAUACAGCGGUGACCUCCAGGUGUUCAUCUCCACCCAGCCAAUGAAUGGUUCCAUCGUCAACGGUGACGGCACCACACUCUCCACCAACAUGUUGUCGCCACACUCUGUCGCCUACAAGCCAGCCUACGGUUUCUUCGGCCAGGACUCAUUCGAGUUCUACGUCCAAGACAACGUUGGCAAGCAGUCCGAGUACCUCACUGUCCAGGUCAUUGUCACCAAGGUCGAUUACCCACCCACCAUCGAGCUAAGCCCACUCACCAUCGUGUCUGAGUUGACUUGCGCUGUCGUCCCCGCCGUCAAGGUCGCCUUCUCCAUCGAUGUUUCAAACAUCAACAACAUGGACAACCUGGUCGUCUCGAUCACCUCUCUGCCAACUGACGGCACCAUCUUCCAGGAUGGCGUCGCCGUUGCAGCCGUCCCAGCAGUCGUCACUGACGGCUCCUCGCUCACCUUCCAGCCAACCUCCACCGGAUUCGUCAGCUACAACACCUCCUUCGGAGUGUCUGCCUGCUACGGUGCCAACAUCUGCAACACCGCCACUGGCCUGAUCAACGUGUUGUACAUCGCUGCAGCCCCAACUGGUUCCGCCAAUACCUUCGAGACUGUCACCAAUGUGCCAGUCGCAGUCAAGCUCACCGGUAACGACUGUGAGGAUGUCGCUUCGCUCACCUACCAAAUCUCCUCCCUCCCAUUGUUCGGUACCUUGUCCGUCAACGGCGUGCCAAUCACCUCGACCACCCAGGUACUCACCACCACCACCCUCUCCUACCAGCCCAAUGCCGGUCUGUCCGACCUCGACACCGCCGACCACAAUGGCCCAUUGGAGACCCUGAACUAUGUCGUCACAAACCGUCAUAACUUGGCCUCGAGAUCCUACCCACUAACCAUCUUUGUACGCCCAGUGCCAUUGUACAGUGGCUCGCGCAACCUCACCACCCAGGAGAACACUGGUCUGCCCAUCGGCAUUGACGCCCACGCUCCCAACGAAUCCCCAUUCACCAUGACCAUCACCCACUUCACUGGCCACGGCAAGCUGUACCAGGCCCUCAACUCGACCUACCAUGUGGAGAUUCCAACCACUGGUGUGUCCAUGUUCAUGAACGUCUACAACCUGUACUACAUGCCACCAGUCGACGUCUCUGGCAUCAACAUUGACAGCUUCACCUUCACCCUCAACCAGACCUACACCUCUGAGGCCUACACCGUCUACAUUGACGUGACCCACGUGCCCAGAGCUCCAGUGUUCAUCCCAAUCUCAUACACUAGCAAGGGUGCCGUGUUGCCAAUCGUGCAGGACAACAUCAACAUCUACAUCAACUCAUCAACUGUCAUCACCUUCAACGCCACCUCUCGCGAGAUUGAUUCAAGAGAGCUCGUCUCGAGCAUCGCCUCACCAUUCUCUGGCGGUCUCCUGCAUCAGUUCAACGAGACACUCGAAGACAAUAAGGGCGAGCCAAUCACAUUCAGAUCAGUGGUCAACCAGUCCGCCGACGGAUUGUGGCGCAUGGUCUACACCCCCGCCCCAGGCAGAUCAGGCCAGGGUUACUCUUCAUUCACCAUCAAGGUCGCUGACCCAGUCAACUCCUUGGCUGGCACUGGCAACCUCAAGGUCAAUGUACUGCGUGUCAAUGAGCCCCCUGUCGUCUACCUCAACCAGACGCAGCAGAACACCACCGUCAGCUCACCAGUUAACUUCAACAGCGUCAUGGUGAUCGACCCCGAUUCAACUUCAAACAACAACAUCACAUUCACUGUCAACAUCACCAUGGGCGACGACACCAAUGUCCUCGUCGAUGAGAACAUCGUCUCACUCUCGAUGCCAUUCGCCAACAGAGGCUCAGACUGCAUUGUUGCCAACAACUCGAUGACAUGUGUCAACAGAAACAGCGUGCUCAACACCUACCUGUCUUUGCUCUCUGUCACCAUCCAAAAGGAGGGCAACUAUCAGAUGGUCGUCUAUGUCAACGAUCUCGGUUACAACGCCGAUCCAAUGUUUAGAAACGUGUCACGUCUCUCUGACACCAAGGCCGUCGUGAUCGCCGUCGGCGCAUCGACCACUCGCAAGACAAACAACACAACGAUCCUAUCGGUUGCCAUUGCCGUGGCUGCCGUCGUCGCCGCCGCCAUCGCCCUGGCGGUGUGGAGAAUUGUCAAGGCCCGUGCUCCACCUACCGAUGCCUUCUUUGGCGACAGCCCAUUCUCUGACGGAUCAGUCUCCUCCAACCCACUGUACACCGAGUCUCCCAACAGUGCUGCCAACCCACUCUAUGAGGGUGCCAACUAA